UCUAUUUCUGCCAUGAACCACCAGAGUGCAGUCAAAGGGGAUGAUCCCAACUUUUUCGAAAUGGUUACUUAUUACUACAAUAGAGCGGUCGAUCUCUUGGUCGAUAGACUGGCUGCUACCGAAUCAAGCCAUGUUGUCGCUGGUAGUAUUGAAGAAAGGCAAGAAAAAAUUCGUGAUGUAUUCAAUUUCAUCAUGCCUUGCAAUCAUAUCCUAGAAGUUACUUUUCCAAUCCGUCGUGAUAAUGGAAAAGCUGAAGUCAUCACAGGUUACCGUGUUCAACACAGUCAGCACAGGACUCCAUGCAAAGGAGGUAUUCGUUACAGCGACGAGGUCCAUCUGGAUGAAGUAAAGGCUUUAGCUGCUUUGAUGACAUUCAAAUGUUCAGUAGUUGACGUACCAUUUGGAGGUGCAAAAGCAGGAGUCAAAAUCGAUCCAAGGCAGUAUUCGAUAGGAGAACUUGAGAAAAUUACUCGUCGUUUCGCUGUAGAACUUGCAAAGAAAGGAUUUCUCGGCACUGGUGUAGAUGUCCCUGCGCCUGAUAUGGGUACAGGAGAAAGAGAAAUGGCUUGGAUUGCAGAUACUUACCGCUUAACCCUUGGUUAUAAUGAUCUAAACGCUAAUGCAUGUGUAACUGGUAAGCCUAUCAGUCAGGGAGGAAUCCAUGGUCGUACUCCAGCGACUGGCCGUGGAAUUUACUACGCACUGAAGUAUUUCAGUAACAAUGCUUCCAUUAUGUCUAUGAUUGGAUUAACACCCGGCAUAAAGAAUAAGACCUUCAUUCUUCAGGGAUUUGGUAACGUAGGAUUAUACGGAAGUAUUUACCUACACGAUCAUGGAGCUGUCAUGACAGGUGUCAUAGAGCGUGACGGUUCAAUUUAUAAUCCAAAUGGUAUCAAUCCUCACGAUUUGCAAAAGUACAGAGAGGAACAUGGCACUAUAGUUGGAUAUCCUCAUGCUGAGCCUACAUCAGAGAAUUUAUUGGAAGCCGAAUGCGAUAUCCUCGUUCCUGCAGCGUCUGAGAUACAAAUUACUGCUGAUAACGCAGAAAAAAUCAAGGCUAAGAUCAUUGCUGAGGGUGCAAACGGACCUACAACUCCUAAAGCGGAUCAAAUUCUAAUCAAUCGUAAUCGUUUAGUCAUUCCUGAUUUAUAUGCCAACGCUGGUGGUGUAACUGUGUCAUAUUUUGAAUGGCUAAAGAAUCUUAAUCAUGUUAGUUUUGGCCGUUUAACGUUUAAAUAUGAAGAGGACAGUAACUACCUAUUACUUGGAAGUGUACAAAAAAGCUUAGAGAGAACGUUUACUGAAAAUGGACGCAAUAUCCUCCCUAUCCUUCCUUCAGAAGAAUUUAAGGAACGAAUUGCGGGUGCUUCUGAAAAAGAUAUUGUACACUCUGGUUUGGCAUACACAAUGCGUCGUUCUGCCAAGAAUAUCAUCAAUACCGCCGAAGCCUUCGAUCUUGGCUUAGACUUCCGUACUGCUGCAUUUAUUCAUUCCAUUGGAAAGAUAUAUACUACGUACAAAGAAGCUGGUGGAGCAUAUAGCUCAUCCCAUCUUGGUUAACUUAAUAGAUAUUUUGAAGUACUGGACAUUGCAAGUGCAUGAUAUGUUCUAUUCUUAUGUUAUUCGAGUCAAUGUUACAGUCAAGAAUUGCAGUAACUCUGUAAUAUUAGAUGAUUAAUAACGUCCGUUAGUAGUUAUGCUGUUAGCUCAUCGUAAUUUAUUUUUUUGUGAGUUACCGCAAGAGUCUGAGAU